AUGAUAAAGACAUCAAAUACAAUAUCAAAUUCACAAGGUCUACCUAUUACAAGUCCUUUAAAAAAGUAUAUUGAUCCAGAAGAUUCCUAUCAAAGAUUACUGUCAUUACGUAUUUCCAAAUUGGAAAACCGUGUUCAAAUGUUGGAAGAAAUGUUUGAACGAGAAAAAAAGAGAACUAAAAUUUAA